AUGACACUGAAUGAAGAAGCAUUGUCGCCAACGAUGAAUUCGACAGCUAAUACAGAAGAAUCUCAAGCUUCUCAUCCAGCCCAGAUGCAGGCCACCCGCCAAUUCGCCACAGACCUACCGGUUCUUUCAGAGACGGUUUCCCACACAGAAGGAGGGAAUACUGAAAACAAAGGAGAUGCGGCUACAACGCCCCCAAACCCUGACGAUAAACAUCUUUACCCAGAAGGUGGCAAAGAUGCUUGGUUGGUAGUCUUUGGCUCGUUCACGGCCAUGAUUGCUUCUUUUGGGAUUAUGAACACCAUUGGCACGUUCCAGACAUACCUCGCGUCCCAUCAGCUUAGUAGCUAUUCGGAAGGACAGAUCGGCUGGAUUUUUGGUGUCUAUGCGUUUAUCAGUUUUUUCGGGGGGAUUCAGAUUGGUCCAAUAUUUGAUGCUGCCGGACCACGGGGGUUAAUUGCUGCUGGGACAAUAUGCCUAGUCACAGGUCUAAUGAUACUGAGCGUUUCCAAAUUAUACUGGCACUUUAUGGUUACAUUCGGCAUCCUCACCGGUCUUGGCACAUCUCUUAUAUUUACCCCGGCCGUCGCUUCCAUUGGGCAUUGGUUUCUUGUCAAAAGGGGCUAUGCGAUUGGUCUAGCAACUACCGGCGGCUCAAUCGGCGGCAUCGUUUUCCCCCUGAUAAUCCAAGCUGCUACUCCAAAAGUUGGAUUUGCAUGGGCUGUUAGAAUCGUGGAGUUUAUAGACGCAUCUCCUGGGUCGCAAACUCCAUCAGAUUCCUCCAUAAUAUCGUCAGACAUAGACGAGGCCGCAACGGAAAAGAAGCAUUGGGCCUCUUUCCUUAAAUUUGGCUCGAAGAAUGGUAAAAAUAAGAAAUCGACGAAAUCCCAAAGAAAGGGAGUAAAGAUAGAUCUGAGUGCUUUUCGUGAUCCUCGGUUUACUCUCACGACGAUUGGCAUUUUCUUGAUUGAGUGGGGCAUAUUUGUCCCUCUCAGCUACCUCACUUCGUAUUCUCUUAGAUAUCUCGGCCUGCCAGAAAACUUUUCUUACCAGCUUCUUGCAAUUCUAAACACUGGCUCUGUGUUCGGCCGUUGGCUGCCUGGAAUAGUCGCGGACAGAAUUGGGAGAUUCAACACGAUGAUAUUGACGGUUUCGUUCUGUCUCGUUGUCGUCCUAGCUCUAUGGCUACCAUCGAGCGCGGUUGCGGAGGAUAAUAUCGGUGGCCGAAAGGCAAUCAUGAUUGUAUUUGCACUGUUGUAUGGGUUUGGAAGCGGGAGUGGGAUUAGCUUGACCCCGGUGUGCGUGGGUCAGAUAUGUGAUACAAGGGAGUAUGGGACAAAAUACGGGACCUGUUAUUUCUUCGUUAGUUUUGGAACUUUAACAGGUAUCCCCAUAGCGGGUCAGAUCAUCAACUCAACGAACGGGAAGUUCACUGGGUUGAUCUUAUUCACUGCUGCCUCUUAUGUCGGAGCACUGCUCUUCUUUAUUGCAGCACGGAUUGUUGGGGGUGGAAAAUCAUGGAGGACAGUUUAUUAA